AUGAGCACCACGUCGAUUAUUUUCGGAAUAUUAAUAAUCUGGAUUGCUGUAAUUCUAAUUUACAAUGAAAAUGAGGCGAUCGAAUUCAAAAUGACGAAUGCGGUUUGUCACAGCUACAACAAAUCUCUGGUUGUCAUAAACGAGUGCCGACUGAGGGCUAUAAAUCGGCAUAAAACGAUAUUUAAUUUUAAUGCAACUUUUCUAUUUACGGUCAACGAAAUUAGUGUCGAAGGACAAGUCUUUAAGAAAGCCAAUGGUUUUAAACCUUGGCUCUUUAAAGCAUCAAUCGAUACCUGCCGUCUGAGGAAGCCAUACAAUCCAAUUGCAAUACUUGUGUAUAAAUUGUUUAAAGAUUUUAGCAACAUCAACCACACAUGUCCCUACGUGGCAAGUAUUACUCCAAAAAAUACUCUGUACUCAUCGAAAUGA